UAUUCGGGACAACAUGGCUGCUGCGGCGGGUCGUUACUACAACGAGGGUGGCAGAGCAACGAAAAGGCAAAAAACUGAGGAAGGAGGGAUGACGACGGAGGGCUACGACGACCCGCAUAAAACGCUUCCAUCUCCUGUGGUCCACAUCAGGGGCCUAGUUGAUGGCAUCAUGGAAGCGGACCUGGUAGAAGCUCUGCAGGAGUUUGGCACCAUCAGCUUUGUGGUCAUGAUGCCCAAAAAGCGCCAGGCCCUCGUGGAGUACGAGGACCUGAACGGCUCCUGCAACGCCGUGACCUACGCGGCCGAGAACCAGGUGUACAUCGCGGGCCACCCCGCCUUCAUCAACUACUCCACCAGCCAGAAAAUCUCCCGACCGGGAGACCCCGACGACUCGCGCAGCGUCAACAACGUCCUCCUGCUCACCAUCAUGAACCCCAUCUAUCCCAUCACCACGGAUGUGCUGUACACUAUUUGUAACAACUGUGGGCCCGUACAGAGGAUUGUUAUCUUCAGGAAGAACGGGGUUCAAGCCAUGGUUGAGUUUGACUCAGUGCAGAGUGCCCAGAGGGCCAAAGCGUCUUUGAAUGGGGCUGACAUCUACUCGGGUUGCUGCACCCUAAAGAUUGAGUAUGCUAAGCCAACUCGCCUCAACGUGUUCAAGAACGACCAAGACACCUGGGACUACACCAACCCUAACCUGAGCGGCCAAGAUCCAAAUGCCAAUUCUAACAAGCGAGCAAGGCAGCCCGCCCUUCUGGGAGACCAUCCUCCUGAUUACGGUAAAUAUUCGACCCCAAACAUUGCUACCAGUACGAUAGCCGCAAAAGGAGCGACACGUUCAUCUCAGACGUCCAUUUGCCCGAUUAUCCUCACACAAGGUGGCCCUCAAGGAGGCUAUCAUGGCUACAACGACGAGAGCUACGGGCCCCCCCCGCACUACGAGGGACGCCGCAUGGGGGCCCCCAUGGGGGGCCGUGGUCGAGGCCAGCGUUUUGGGCCUGGAUACGGCCCCCCGCCCCCUGAGUACGGCCCCCACGCGGACUCCCCCGUUGUCAUGGUGUACGGCCUGGAGCCCUCGAAGGUCAACGCAGACAGGGUGUUCAACGUCUUCUGUCUCUACGGCAACGUGGAGCGGGUUAAGUUCAUGAAGAGCAAGCCUGGGGCAGCCAUGGUGGAGAUGGGAGACUGCUAUGCUGUAGACCGCGCCAUCACCCAUCUCAACAACAACUUCCUGUUUGGGCAGAAGCUCAAUGUCUGUGUGUCCAAACAGCAGGCGAUCAUGCCUGGCCAGUCUUACGAGCUGGAGGACGGCUCCAGCAGUUUUAAAGACUUCCACGGCUCCCGCAACAACCGCUUCACCUCUCCGGAACAGGCGGCCAAGAACCGCAUCCAGCACCCAAGCAACGUCCUGCACUUCUUCAACGGCCAGCCUGACAUCUCUAACGAAAUCUUCAUCCAGGUCUGCGACGAACUGGGAAUCAAGAGCGCGUCGAAUGUCAAACUGUUUUCCGGAAAGAGUGAGCGCAGCUCCUCCGGACUGCUAGAGUGGGAGUCCAUCAACGACGCCAUGGAGGCUCUGGCCUUGAUGAACCACUACCAGAUGAAGAACCCUAGUGGUCCUUAUCCAUACACCUUGAAGCUGUGUUUCUCUACUGCGCAGCAUGCCAACUAACACCCCACACACACACACACAGAGUAUCUGUCAUCCUAUAUCUGCAUCGUGUACAUUGCAUUUAUGUCGACACUUCCUGUAUAACACAUAGAAACAGAAUAAUCUAAUGACACUAGAGUUCUCAUGUAACUUAAAGAAUAGAAGGGUGAGAGAUUUUGUAUCAGUGAGUCAUGUUUGACCUUUAAUUUUUUUAACUCCCCCCAAUUUCAAGUGUGUUCAUUGACUUACAGUAUGAUAAAAUAUAACAUUUUAUUUAACGUCGACACUGCCUUUUUUCUUUUAAUAAAGUGAAUGGUGAGCGUU